UUUCCUUUUUUGCUUUUAAAGCUCACUGUAUUAGCUACUUUUCCAUUUCUGCGAUAAAAUACGAUGACCUUAAGCAACUUAUAGAAGCAAGAGUUUAUUCUGACUUAGAGUUCCAGAAGGAGAGCCUAUGUAUGCAUCCAGGAAGGGCAGGAGCAGAAAGCUGACUGGCUAUAUCUCUAUACACCCAAAGCAGAGAGGGGGGGGGUGUCAGGCUAUAGACCCUCAAAACCUCCCAAGAUACUUCAGCUAGCAAGUCUGUACCUCCUAGAGGUUCCCAUAACCUCCCCCAAAUAGUGCCACCAAUUCAGGAUCAAGUGUUCAAAUCCAUGAAUGAGCCUGGGACAUUUCUCAUUUAAACCACCAUGCCCACCAAGACCACUUAGUGCAGCUGGUAUGUACAUGGGUGUGGUCCAACUGGUGCAUGUGAGACAUAACCAGUGGCUGUAUCCUUAAACAAACAUGACUUCUUCCUCUGGUAGCCAUCAAGUGCCAUAACUCCUCAGGGGCAAGAAGGAACACAUAAUUCAUGAUUCCACUGAUAUUAAAAUGUCUAGAACAGCCAUUGAGAGAUAGCUCUUGCUUGCUGUGUAAGCAUGAGGACCUGGAUUCGACCCUCAGUACCAUAUUUGUCAUGUGUAGUAGUGUGUUUUCUAGUAAGUAGUGUAAUUCCAGAAACAGAGUCUUGGGAAUCACUGAUCAUUUGGUCUAACCUGCAAGUGACUCACAGGUUCCACUAAGAAAAAUCAAGGUGUGUGGCUUUUGAGAAACAAUACUUAAGAUUAACCUCUAGACUCCCCAUGCUUACAUGUAUGUGCAUACAUCUGUGCAUAACCAUGCAUAUAUAUGUGUGUGUAUGUAUAAUUUGUAUGGUAUGUCUUCAUAAUUAACUUCAAAUGGUAGAAUCUGGUUAGGAGGAUGGGGGAGAAGUUUUCCAAAUGGUUAACAUUGCACAACUUCCGGGACUGCCUAAUCAUCUUCUGUUCUUCCUUUGAGUUCUGACUGAAGAGGAAUGAGGAUGAGGAGGAAGAAGAGAAGGAGGGUGAGUGGGUGGGUGAUGGGGAAGAAAUAUCUUCGUCGUCGUUGUCGUCGUCAUUAUCUGCCCUGUACAGUUAGGGUCAGACCUCUCUGGCUUGCUGCCUUGCUGCCUGAGAUUCUGAAUGGGGUCUUUGUUCUGUGGACUAAUUAUUCCAGAACAAAUCUAUUUUUCUGUGUCUGCAAAGCUGAGAAAUGGCAUUGCCAGAGGUCAGCAAGUAACCACAGGAAGCCGCUUCGUCUUCAAGCCUGUAGAAUGUUAGCUUUGUCCUAUGGGACUCAUGUUGUUGGGAGCUUUGUUCCUGAUAGAUGGGCAAAGAUAGCUUAAGGCCAGGGAAAGUGGUGUCCUAUUUGCCAAAGUCAUGCUUUGAAUCUGGGGACAAACAUCUCCCAAUCAAGGGCUCUGGUUCCUCAUCAGCAAAAGUCUUGGAGAGGAGUACCAUGGACCCUCUGUGUAAGCGCUGCAGGCGUUCACCUCAGGAACUAUCCUGGAAUGGUGACCUUGGGGGUGGCUCCCAAGGUCAGAGCUUGAAAAGGGGAGGAGAAUUGCCUGUUCAGAAAAGUGGUGGUCAGGAUGGGAAGUGGAAAACAAGAUGGCUGGACAGCUGCACUCACUGCCAAGGAUGGUGAGAGGGUGCAGCCAGCAGCCUGCCCCCCGCACUUGUGGUUGACAUCAUGGAAAGAUGCUUCUGGAUAGAUGACCGAGAUGAGCCAGCACAGAAGGAUGAUGCUGGAAAGACAUGAGCGGGAAGAAAGUUCUGCUUGAAUUUCUCUCAAUGGACACUCCUGUACAUUGCCCUUUAGAGGCCUACACCCUCAUGAAGGCCCUCAGAAAUAAGCAAUCAGGCAUUGUUCUUAUAUAGUGUAAGAUCCAGGAGAAUUUGUAUAGAAUAAAAUCCAGAAAAUGUAUGUUCUCACAAAUGUGUUAUCUGCUAAAUUCAAGGCCCCCCAAUGUUUCCUUGAGCACUGAGAGACCUUGAACAGCUCUGUGAAGGAGGGAGAAUGCUUCCCACAGUCCACUAAUGAAAGGGUAUACAUUUUCCACACUAACGCCUCUGCUGUGGUGAUUCAUCAUCCAGUCGAUGGCCUCUUUCUAACUGCACUUUCCAAUUGUCAAUGUCCUAGACUUGGUGGGAUGUGGCCUGUGGCCUCAGAUUAUAAACUGUGGGGUUGCAUUGUCCUUCAGGCUUUCCUGCCUGACCUAGUGUGUACAUGUUGAGUAAUUGGAUGCCCAUCGAAGGUUUGUGACCAGGGGUUCCCAUUUCCUUGUCUGUGGGGAGAGCCAAUGGCAUUCUUUUGUUUUUACAGGCUUUUAUCAGUAAACUACAGGCAGAUCUUCCACCCUUAGGUCGCUAACUACAAAAGCUGUGGUGAGACUUCCCUCCUUGCCCUGGCCCUUUUGUUUAUCUUGCUCCCAAGGUUCUUACCUUAGGUUCUCAGUUUCUGUUACCCUCUCUGGAACUUUUCUGGAUUCGUCCUCAGCAGCAGGCCUGUCCCUGUAUAGCUCACUACAUUGCUGUUGGGCAAUUCUCCUAGGGAAGAUGAGGGAAGGGAGCAAUGCUGUAUUCUAGCACGAAGGAAUGACCAGCACCCUUCUUAUCUUUCUGAGACAGAAACUGACGACUCAAUGACAUUUGAGGGUGACUUCUGCAUGUACACUCCGUCUUUCCCCAAGACUUCUCUGUAGGUAAGAGCUGACCCAUCUCUUCACUUGUCAGCGUGCUGAAUCGUUACAGCUGAGUGUCCCUCUCUUUUGAGAUGGACAGUGUCACCUAGCAGUAUGCUUGCCCAGACGACAUGAACCAGGUCAAAAGUAACCGAGAACUGUACCUGCAAUAUUCAGCCUCAGCCCCCAAACUGCUGGCUCACGUCUCGAAACUCCUCAUUUUUUGCCGAAACACAGGCAUUUCCAUCCCCAAAGGCAUUAGGAAUAUUUUUGAGUUCACUUGGGAGGAGCUCAUCAGUGACCCUGCAGUGCCCACUCCAUCGGAGAUUCCGGAUCUGGUGAUCACCUUGGGAACUCCUACAGUGGUGCUUGCAGAAGUGAUCCCAGCGCAGGUCCUCCCCAUGCAGAAGAAGCAGCCCCCACCUGGCCCACCACCUCCACUACUGCUCACAACCCCCAGUGGGGGCAAGCCCUUGGCCCCCCGCUCUGCUUCUGCUCGACUGAUGCCCAAUGGCCAAGAUACCCUGCACAAGUUCCAGCGGCAAUCCAUCCACCUGUUGACAGAGCUGCUUUCCCUGAAGAUGAAGGCCAUGGUGGAGUCUGCCUCUGCAGGUGCCAACCCUCUGGACAUCACGAAGCGCUUUGUGGAGGCCAGCCAGCUACUCCACCUCAAUGCAAAGGAGAUGGCCUUUGACUGUCUGACUGGAACUAUCGGGAAAAGCUGCCUCAGCUCGGCUCAGCUGGGGAAAGAAUCCCCCAUGAACAUUUCUGCUAUGGGAGUGAACACACCUUACCAGCUGGUCUUCCAGGCAUCCACAGCCUGUCUGAGCUUCUCCCUCUCCACAGGAAAGGAAAGCAGGAAGAGAGAUAUUGGAGGCAGGUCAAAGGCUAUAGACGAUGUCUCAUCUCCACCGGUCCGAGCCCGAACCCCUCCUGAAAGCACUAUUAUUGAGUUGCCUGACCCCUGUCCUGAGGCCCGGGAAAAGCUGCAGGAUAUGUGUCGCCACAUAGAAGCCGAAAGGAUCUUGUGGAGAGGGAGGAAUGCCUCCUGCCCCAUGAUUUUACGCAACUACAGGUCAAAGAUACCCUCUCAUUUAAUGUUGGCCUCCAAGGGGGAAUCUCACCAUCCUCUCACUGCGGGAACUCAGGUUACUGCUUCCACUCUUCACCAGCCUUCCAGCCAGCAUGCUCAAAUGGGCCGCCAUUCUCAAGAGUGGAGGGGGCCCAAGAAGCCCAUCAAGCUGCAUUACACUUUCUAUGAUGGCUCCUCCUUCGUUUACUAUCCCUCCGGAAACAUCGCCAUGCUUCAGAUUCCCACGUGCUGCAGAGGGAAACCCAUCACCUGCCUCUUUAAUGACAUACCUAAUAUCUUCCUGGCUGUGUUCAAUGCUGAAGGCCUGGGCUGUGUUUACUACAACCUGAAGAACAGCUGUCCAUACGUCUUGGUUUUGGAUGAAGAAGGUGGGAUCACAAAUGACCAAAAGGGCUACAUAGUCCACAAGUGGAGCUGGGCCAGCAAGACCGAGACAUUGCUCUCUCUGGAGUACAAGGUGAAUGAACAAAUGAAGCUAACAGUCUUGGGGCAGGACUCCAUCUCUGUCACCUUCACCUCCAUGAAUGAGACGGUAACACUCAGUGUGUCGCCCAAAAGCUGUCCCCAUACCGUGCUGCACGACAAACGGCCAGUUCGCAGAAUCAGCACCAUUGAUGAAAAGGUGUCCAAGAUAAACAGAGGCCUGAUUGAGAUCAAGAGGCGGUUUCAGAAGACUGUGACUCAGUUUAUGAACUCUGUGCUGCUGGCAGCAGGUCUGUUCACCUUAGAGUAUCCCACCCCAAAAAAAGAAGACAUAGAAGCUACUCGGGUCAAGUUGAAAUCCGGGUCUAAUCAAGAUAAGAUGCGGAAUGCAACUUUACACCAAGGAGAAACCGUUACACGAACCCAGCCAGCCCGACCAGACUCCAUAGUUGAAGACACAGUGAAGGAGGAACAUGUACCCCCAGCCUUGAUCCGUACUCGAAAGAAGAGCAGCAAAGUCCAUGUCAAAGUCUCAAGAGGGAAGCCCCGAGAGGUGCGCAGCCCUACUAGGUGGGCAGCCUCACCCACUGACUGCCCACUGGUGCUGCGGAGGCUCAUUCGCAAGGAAGACAUCCGGGCUGGCUGCAAAUGUAUCGUGAAGGCACCCCUGGUGUCCGACUUGGAGCUGGAGCGCUUCCUGACUGCACCCCGGGACCCCAACCAAGUGCUGGUAUUUGGGAUAAUGUCCAGCCAGAACCCCACCUGCACCGCACAGCUGCAGUGGCUGCUGGAUACACUGUAUAGCCAUCGGCAGCAGGGCCGCUCUUCACCCUGCAUCCAGUGCCACCAUGACCCUUACCGCCUGCUGCGGUAUGACCUGGACAGCCCCUUGCAGAAGGAUCCGCCCCUAAUGGUGAAGAAGUUUGCUGUGAUACACGGGAUGGUUUUGAUGUUUGCUGGGGGAAAGCUCCUCUUUGGGGGCUGUGUACUAAAUGGCUAUGGCUUCAGCAAGCAGAAUCUGCUGAAACAGAUCUUCCGGGCUCAACAGGAUUGCAAGUUGGGCUACUUCCUGCCAGACAACUACAAAUUCAAGCAUAGCACUUUUAAAGCAGCCAGAAGAGCCAAGACGUAUGGCUUAAGCAGAAGAUGUGUGUCAUCUCAGUUCUGGGGGCUGGAAACUGGACCCAGAUAUAACAUGUCAACUUAUCUCUCGAUCCUGGAUGAUUCUGAGUCAACUAAAAGACCCCCAUCUGAUGAAUACGAAGGAAGUGUCUCUUCAGUGGCACUUGUGGACAAAGUAGACAAAGAACCUUCUCCCCCCUCUGAGAAGGUGAAACAGCCUGAAGUAGAACCACAGCCUUUCAGCAAAUCGAGGAGGAGCAGUAAGAAGAGCACUAGCUGGAAGAAGUCAAACUCUAAGAAGUGAUGCUGGGAUAGCCAGCAAUGCCCUCCCCACACCCAGCCCCACCUCCUGGUCUCCCACCCCCGUUAAUAAAUGCGUGUGCCUCCAGUGUCUGGAUGAGGAGGUGGGGGGUGGGGUGGGACAGGCCCAGCUCUGACCCCAAGAAGGCCAGAAGUCCCGGCAGCUAGUUUCAGGCUGGGUUCUUGAAAACUCGCUACCCCCAACUCAGAGCUUCCUCUGAGGCCAGGAGUAAGCCUGAGACUACCAUUCUGGGGAACAAAUGUCUCAUUUGGCCAAGGGCCUGCCCGCUCAACCAUUCAGCAACCCUAGGGAGCCUCAGAAGGGGCUGGACUGUGUCGCCCAUCCUCUUUUGAGUGGGAAAGACUUCUGGUAGAAAGAAGAUGAGAGAGGAGAAGGACAUAGAGAUU